AUGAGCAGCAGUGGCAACGACCUGGGCUUGUCAAAGAAGCGGGAGCCUCGCCCAGGGACGCGGAAGGUGUCAUCGCUCUCUGCCGAACAGCUGGAACGCAAGCGUGCGAAUGAUCGGGAGGCCCAGCGGUCGAUCCGUCAGCGGAACAAAGAGCAUAUCGAACAACUCGAGGGUCAAGUGGCCACUCUCCAGAGCCAAAUCACCGAUCUGCGGACCCGGAGCGAGCGUUUCGAUGAACUCAUACGGCGAAAUACAGCCCUAGAUGAAGAGAACAGCCGCCUCAAGCAUCAGCUCGCUGCCAUCGCCGGAGGACCGGGGUUUGCUGCUGGUGGUGAGACAGGUCCUUUUCGGACUGGAUGGCGCAUGGAAAACACCCCCAGCACUGCAGACCCAAGCAACCCCUCAACCGGACCGAUGCUUUCGCCGCAUUUCUCAGGGACCUCACACCCAACAUCAGCGGGGCGGACAUCCUCGAGGCUAUCAACAUCGAGUCGGUCAUCCCACCCUCACGAAUGGCAACAGAUGGCCCACACGCGCUCACCAUCUCUCUGUGACUCGUCCGAUGCAGAGUUCUCCGGCCACCUGGACCCGUACGUGAUAGAAGGCCAACUACCUCACCAGGGAUCUCGCAUGGUCCCGCCGUCAGUGCCCGCUCCGUCUGCUCAAAUGAGCUUUAGCAGCACUGCUAGCGCCAACCAACAAUCCUCCGACACGUCCUUCUCGCACCACUACCCCGUAAAUGAGCAUCCACAACGCCUACUUGUCAAUGACCUCCAUCCUCCCGAUCAAACACGUCCCCAGUACCUUCAUCACGCCCAGUCCAUGUCUGUACCCAAAGUCACCCAAACGCCUCAGAAGGCUCCUGCUACAGCCUACCAGCAGCCGGGUCCCGCGUAUCAACCUCCAAUGGCCCAACCACCACAACGAGAACAGCACCAAUAUGGAUACCCUUGGGCUCCGCAGGCUUGA